ACAAUGCAAAAGACGUGUUGUUGCAAGCUGUAAUUGGCAGACCAUCUAUCUCAUCAAUAAUAUCUAAAUAGCUACGUACGUACGUACAGCAGCAGUUUAGAAAAAAUUGAUGACCAUUCACUUUGCUUCGACUUCUCUUCACUUCAGGCUUCAGCUGUAUUUUGUGAAUUGUGUAACCCAAGACCAACUAGACAAAAGGUCUUUUGAACUACCUCCUGUCCUGCUACACCAAAGCUCAUCUCUUGCCCGUUAUAACAACAGGUGAUCCCAGUGCCUGACCUUUCACCUAGGACCCCUACGCCUUUGACCCUGCAAGCGACCUCACCCACACGAUGAAGCUCGAGAAAUCGCCCAGCUCAGCGAGCCUUACGAACGGGGAUGCCGCAGAUAAGCCCAGUACCUACCACUCCUGGUUGCACAGCAGAGGGGUGUGGUUCUCUUACAUUGUGGGCGUGUACGGCAUGCACCUUUUCCUUCUCAGUUUGCCUUUCUUCAGUGUCAGCACAGUGUGGACACUGACAACUGUGGUACACAGUGUGGUGACAUACUUCUUUUUCCACCAUGUGAAAGGGUCCAUCUGGGCAGACAGCCAAGGCAGCGAGAGAUAUCAGACGCAAUGGGAACAGAUAGACAACGGAGAGCAGUUCACAUCAACACGAAAGCUUCUCACCUUGGUUCCUGUUCUCUUAUUCUUCUUGGCAAGUUUUUACACAAAGUACGGCUACUACCAUUUCUUGAUAAACUGUGCAGCCUUGCUUCUCGGAGUCGUCCCCAAGCUCCCCAUGUUUCACGGCUUCAGGUUGUUCGGAAUCAACAAGUACUGAAGCUAGUAACCACUUCCAUCCCACUUCUGCAUUCUCUAUGGUGUCCUUGAGAGAGCGAUGGUAAAUGAAAAGACUUUAGGAGGCAGUCCUACAGGAGAGGGUGAUAUAUACUGAUCUCGGUAGAAGUUUGAGGAUGAUCACAGACUGUUUUUUAAACUACAAUCUUUCCACAGCCUUUUAAUGAAUAACAAAUCGUUAUUUGUACGCUUCAGGUAAUGUGUAUAGAUCUCUGAUUUUGUAGGUCAUAUGUUUGGUGUACGGUAUAGUGAAUGGAUCGACUGUGAAACUCACCCAACAGUAUUGUGCUGGUUCUGAAUUGAAGCUUUACAUGGAGGGAAAAGCUGAUGAAAUUCAACAAUUUAUGGAGUGGUUCAAAUGAUGUAUCGCUCAUGGAUACGGAAACCUUUGAAAUAUAAACUGUGUAAACAAUAAUAAUUACUGAGUCGGAUAAACUACAUAAUGUAUAACAGUUGCAUAUAAUGCUAUAUGGUUUAGGGGGAAUUGUUUUUUAUUUUGUCUUAUAAAGAGAAAUAAAUGUGUGCUAGAUUUGCCGAGCUUAGCUGGCACAUCGUAUAUUUUGAUUAGCUUCAUUUUAUUUUCAUUUUUCCGCACUUCAGCAUAUGCAAAAUGGGAGUUCAAUGUUACAAUUACAUUUAUAUCAUGACAAGAAAACAAGAUUUAUGAACAAUCAUACUCCUUUCUGCAAUGGGCUCCUUGUAUUAUGUUACUUUGUUCAAGUCGUGUGGUAGGUGUGUUUUUAUUUUAGUUUUUUUUUCUUUUCAUUCCAGGAAUAUAAAGGAUUAUAAAGAUAACAAAGAAUACAAGAAAACUUUAAUCAUAAUGAAUACAAUAACAACAGAAAAUAAACCAUCAACUAAUGCCUGCGGAUCACCAAAAGAAAACAGCUUUCUAUAUAAGGCUGUCCUCAUUAGCCGAUGAUGUAAUACAAAGAAAAAUCAUUAUCAAGAAGAUGAAAAGAAUUGAAGAUUACAGAUAUGAAAUAGGUUGUAGUGUAGUUUUCAGAGAGAGAAGCUGCCCUGUUUAAAGGAUGUCUGUCUUGCUUUUGUAUUCUGUAUUCUGCUUAUAAUGCAGGGCCCCCGUAACUUAGAGGUUUGUAAUCAAUUGCUUAUUUAAAACCGCGAUUCUGAUUGGUUAAUGGUCAGCCUUUUGAACAAUAAGAGCAAGCAACAAUGAUCUUCAUUGGCCAUUGUCAUUUUGCAAUUGAUUGCAAAUCUUUUUUUUUCAUUGGGUCCUGCAGUGGUGAUGUCAGCUAGUGUAAAGAAUUAAUAAAAUUCACUUUACGGUUUGCAAUUUGUUAGUGAGGUCAUCUUUAUGGAAAGAGACUUUUGCGAUUUACAAAAAUACAGUUGAGAUCUGAUCAUUUAACAGCAUGAAACUUCUACAACUCUUUACUUCUCGUGAAAAUUGUGAACAUUUGAUGCAUGCAAAUUUUCCGGUAUUACAUUAGCAGGCCCAAGUAAUAGUGCCAUGGCUAAUUUUGGCUACUGAUCAUUUUUGCUUUUGCCCUUUCGUUUUCUGACAUACUUUAUUGCAGUCAGUUGCAAAGAUACAUAUAUUUUGCUCUUGUUUCAAGACAAUUAUGUUUUCUUAUUCUUUGCUGCCGAUAUCGUCAUUGUUAUUAAUUCAAGUUUCUGACCCUCUCCUUCCGAGUACCGGUAGUAUAAUUACCAAUUGAUUUUUAUAACAUUUUAAAAUAUAUUUUGGGGAUCUAUCAACUUAUUUAGGAUAUGUAAUACUAAACGUAAGAAUAGAUCGUUAUGUAUUCAAGAAUUUAUCAUGCGAUUAUGAUUGAACAAACUUCAAGAUAUUUAUAAUGUUCUUUUUUACAUUGUUUAAUUCAUGGUAGAAUGCUUUACAUUUUGCUAUAACAGGUCAGUUCCACACACUAUUGUUGUUUUUAAGUCAAUUUUUAUCUGUUCUUUCUGAUGAAUUGCAGUGUAAAUUUAAACAUUAUGAUUGGGAGGGGUUGAUAAAAUUUGAGUUAUCGUGCUAAGAUUUCCCAAUUCCAAAAUGCAAAGUAUUUCGAUUAAAAAAUUCUUAGUUGCAUGGUCAGACAA